AUGUUCAAGAUUCCCCCUCCCCGUCAGUUCCUCGUCCUUUCAGCCACUAGCUCAGCUCCCUUCGACCCGAGCCACAAGUUCCUCGUCUUAUCUCCUACCGAGUCUGGCCCCGACUCUCGUCUCUACGAUGAGCAGGCCGUGACCGAGUCCGCUACGGACGAGCACCAGCAGGAGCUGCAUCGCUCCAACAGCUCCUCUUCCAGCUCUUCGGAGGACUCUCAGGUUGACGAUCUUACUGCCAACUUACCAAGUGGCUUCCUUUUCCUGGGCCACACCAGGGGUCGCCGCGCCUCCCAGUGA